AUUUUUAAUUUGACGUUUUGUUUUCUUCAAUCAAUUCAUCUCAUUUAUCGGUAAAUACCUACCUACCGCAGUUUUUUUUAUUAAUUUUGCUAAGUUGAAAAAAAGGGUCGUUUGUUAUAAUGUUUUGUUCUCGCGAGAGAACCUAAAAUUCAAUGGCAUGCAGUAAUGGAGUUCAAUGAAUAUAGAACAAAAGAGGUAUUGGACCCGGUAGAUAUAGAUUAUUACUGUGAUCGAUCACGCUCGCCGAGUCCAACACCCGUUUUCAACACAAAUAUUUGUUGCGACCUGGAGGACAUCUUGAGCGACGCAAUAACAGAGACAUUACAGAGCUCUCUCCGUGUGAGCCGCAGUCAGCUGAUUAACCAAGAGCUGACAAUCAGACCAGAGGCCAAUAUCGAAGCUAACGUACCUGAGGGCUUAGACCUGUAUAAGGUUAUCUUCGAGGUAGAGAGUGACACGGAGGGGAGGAUGAGUGACGUUGAGGGCGCCACAGUACAGAACAACUCAUUGACUGAUCAGGAUUCCUGCCGGCUGGUCGGCGGUUCCAAGUUCUACGAAAUGAUGGACAGUGCUACGUCUGCGGACGUGUCUACUCCCUCCCCCACUGAGAAACACGACCACAUGAAACCCACGGAGAGCGAUGAUGAAGUUUCAGACGUAGACCAAGAGUGCACGAGGUUCAGCGGUGUCAGUUACCUCGGCGCGCAGAAUAUAUCGGACCCCAAAUCAGAGAGUGACAUCCAACGCAUCAUGAAGGAGCUCAGCUCUAUGCCAGAAAGUAGAGAUGGGAUCGCGGUAUCGAUAUCGAUACCAGUAUGCUCUCAAGGACUAGUGGUGCUCUACCAAGCAGACUCAAACAAUGUGAUGACACGGUACGCGGUGAAUCGUAUCUCGUUCUACGCUCGCGGCGCCGCGGGCUCGCCGGUCGCCUCCUGCUUCGCCUUCACAUGGUCCCAUGGCGAGACCAAGGAGUCCGCGGUGUAUAGGUGCCAUGUCUUCAGGUGUCACAUCGCUGAGGCCGUCAAUCAGGUUUCAAGUUGUUUCGCCAAAGCAUUUGAGCGUAUCCCCCGCUCGAUGGCGUCAUCCCUGGUGGGUGACCUGAGCGCUGCGCCCUCAAUGACCGGCUCGCUCACUGAAGGCACCGGACCCGCAGUACCACCGAUGCAACUGAUGCACGUACUUGAAUGUACCGUGGAUAUCAAAGAGACUGACGCGAAGGGUACAUUCAGCCAUGUGCCGAAAGAGCGUCUCGGCUUCAAGCUGCGCGGUGGCAUAGACAAACAAGUGACCAUCAAUGUGAAACAGGUCACCAACAACAUACAGCCAGAGUCUGAUGACCCACAGUCAACCUACACCGGUGGAUUGUACAUCGAACGCUGCUUCGGUAUUCUCCUUGCUCCAGGUAGGAGCGUGAAGCAUUCAGACAUGAGGUUGCUGGAGAUGGUCAGUGGAUCGUCAGGCGGGUCUGGUUGUUCAGUAUGCGCGCUGUGGAACGCCGGGGAGUCUGCCUUGGCCGCGUUCAACGUAGCCAGCGGGGACGGCGCGCCCGCGUACAUGUCACUCGCAUUGGAUCUGGUCAUCAGGGGGAUACCUGACCCUUUGAGACUAGUAAUCGAGACUCCAGUCAAGAUAUUCCCGCCUACUGAACGGUUCUGGUAUUACUCGAAGAGGCCACUCGUUCAACAGUUUUAUAUUAAUCUGAAAGAGUCUGUAGACACACUGGGCCAGCUCCAGUACGAGGUGGCCAGUAUCGAGACGUCAGACGAGUUGGACAGGUCUCGCUUGAACCUGCCACUGUCUCUGUCAAGUCUCUUGCCGUCACCGCUGUCCAGUGCGCCCGCACCGCCCUCGCCGUCUGAGCCUGAUUCUGAUGGCGACGAACCACUUCUGAGUGGGACGGGUGAAGUGUCCAAAGACUGCGGCGAAGAUGUGCUCGUCAAUUGGGCUCAAGUACUGAGGAGCUGGACAGGCCCUCGACCACGCGCAUUAAAUCACUUAGUACGUGUCGGAGUACCUGAAGCUCUACGCGGCGAGGUAUGGCUCCGUUUGGCUGGAGUCGACCAGAACGACAAGCUCAUGGAGACUUAUAGGACGCUUAUUAGCAAGGACUGUCCCUUCGAGGCAGUGAUCCAGCGCGACAUAGCGCGUACGUUCCCCGCACACGACUUCUUCCGCGAGGCGGGCGGCCUGGGCCAGGACUCACUGCUGCGGAUGGCGCGGGCAUACGCCGUGUAUGACCACGAGGUCGGAUACUGCCAGGGACUCAGCUUCUUGGCUGCUACCUUGCUUUUACAUAUGCCAGAAGAGCAAGCGUUCUGUCUACUAGUCCGGCUUAUGUACGGAUACGGUCUACGUGAACUGUACAAGGACGGGUUCGAAGCUCUCUACAUGAGGCUGCAUCAACUCGACAGGUUAAUGGAGGAGCAACUAACGGACUUGCGCGCUCACUUCCAAGAGCUGGGCGUCGAGCCACACAUGUUCGCGUCGCAGUGGUUCCUUACCGUGUUCACUGCGCGUUUCCCUCUGCCCUUGGUAUACCACAUCCUGGACGUGUUCCUGCUGCAAGGCAUCGACACCCUGUUCCAAGUGGCGCUGGCGCUACUGUCCCGCUCGCGCAAGGAUCUGUUGCAGCACGACUUCGAAGGGGUACUCAAGUACUUUAGAGUAACAUUGCCAAAGAAGUGUCGGGCGGAAGAAUCGUCUCGCCAAAUUGUGAAGCUGGCGUGCAGUAUUAAAGUGAAACGAUUGCCCAAAUACCAACAGGAGUAUGAGAAAUUUAUUAAAGAAUCUGCUGAAAAAGAGAAAAUAAACGUUGAACUCGAGAGGUUAAAGGUUAUCAACACACAGUUACUACAGGAGAAAGAAUUAUUAGAAGCACAGUUAACUGAGGCCCGUACAAAUUCAGAAGAAAGUCAGAAGGAAGCGGCCCAUUUCUCAGCAGUAGCGCGGGAUUACCGCGAGAUAUGCGCCAGGCUCGACAAACAGUUACACACCAUGCAGGACUACGUGAAGGACUGUGUCAGUUGCAGCGUCAAACUUGCGCAAAAAGAUAAUAAGGAAGAAGAACAAAAAGGCGACGACAAGGAAGGUUCAAGCGAGACAGAGGCGCGCCUUAGACAACGUGUCCGCGACCUCGAGCUGGAACUAGCGCAAGUGAAACUCGCGCACGUCCAGGCGCAGUGCAGUAAUCAAGAACUAAGUCACCAACUGACAGUCGCUCUGAACGAAGUGCAGUCAGCCGUCAACCAGAAACAGACAGUCGCACCAUGGCUAGUGCGCACACUCAAUUCCAUCAUGGAAGCGGCGCAAACUCGGCCGUCGUUCCAGACUUAUCUCCCGAACACAUCAGAACAGCCUUCGACGCCGCUGCACAGACAAGGCUCCUUCUCGACCGGACAGUCUCACAGCCAUGGAAACCUCGACCGCCGCGUCUCAGAACCUUACAGCCCCGACGUCGUGCGGAGGAAGAAAGACCUUAACGCAUCGAAACGACACUCCCUACUCGUCGAGUCCAACCUCUCUAAAGACACCAAAGAGAUCAAUCGGCGGAGCCAUGACGUCACCAUCGUGAAAAACCUCUCAAUGGGUUGACACUAACGCUCACAGACCCCGGUUAGUACGAUAUUAUCAUUAUACUAUGUUUCGUAUUAUUUCGGUGUGAGAGGUUGUAUUCAAGGAAACGUUUGUUGUAUGACGCGCUGAGCUACAAGUGUACAGUUUGCGACGCAAGUUAUAUCGGAUAAUGCACUGCAACAUGUAUACGCGGCGUGUGAAUGUGCACAUAACAUAACUAGUCAUAAUGUAAUAUAAUCGAGCACGUUAUCGUUUACCGAUUCGAUAGUAUUCUAGAUGUAUUGGUUACCUUACCAGUGUGUACUCUAUAAAUGACGCUGUUUGCACUACCAUUCCACUAAGUAAAUUUAUUGUAUAUGAAUGAAUCUCUUAAAGACAUUAUCAGCCAUCUUGACAUUUUGAUAUUUAUUGUAUGCCCCAAUUAUAGUAUCAUGAUAUUAAUUGUAUUACAUAUUGUUAAAUUCUAAUGAUUUUCUGCGCUUUAAUGCUCACGCUAUAUUGAGUGCCUUCCGGUUUAGGUUAAGUGAUAUUUAGGCAUCAUAUUUAUUAUUGAUAUCUUUCAGUAUUUCGUUCAUUACGUGCACUACAUAUUUAAUGCGACAUAUCAGAAGGAAAGCAAUACAAAGAAACAUCAGUAAAAUCAUUGAAUAGUAAUUAGUGUGGCGAGAACAAAAGUAUAAAAUAUCUCAUACAAAUUUAAGUACUGAUAUAAUAUUUGCAAGAAAGCGUUUGUUUAAAGAUAUCAGCAAUUGGCCACAUAAAUAGUAUUUCAUUGAGUUUUAAAGAUUGCAUAGUGUCUAAAUAUAGACAUAUUUGAGGUUCCUUCUAAGCCCUCAACUAAAGCAAUCAGUUCCAAUAUGUAUUUAUCUUCACUGAUUUGUUUUUAUAUACUAAGGACUUGUUUCACAAUGUCUGGAUAGCCGCUAUGUAUCAGAUAAUUUUAAAUUAAGAACGUAAUUUGUAUGCACUAUCUGUCACAUAAGUUUAUCGGGCACUUAUAUGAAGGUGGUAAAACAUGCGCUAAAUAAAGUGUUUUAAAUUCCCAAUUACGAUUGCACCAUUGUGUCUUUAUAAUAUUGUUUGAAGCCACUUUAUGCCACGCAUUGUAAUCUCAACUCACUGCCGACUUCAAAUAAGAGGAGCUUGAUAUGCUUUUCUGAGCUACACUUGUCGAAUGCUGUGAUAAAAAUGAAAUGGUGUGGUUUAACAAAAGACUAAGGAGAAAUACAUAAACAUGGGGUUUAGAAAGCAUUUGAGGGACCCAAAGAAGUGAUCGAUAUUAUUAUUAUUUGGUUGUCCUUUAUUGAAUUCUUAUGGAUAUUUAAUUUAAUUUAAACAUUUAUUAUAAAUGAUGAUUAUUUGUUUUAAAUUAUUAUUUGAUAUCGUAGAUUAACUGACGUGUUUAAAUAGAAAUUAUAUUGAAAACAAAGGUAUAAUAAUUAUUAAAUGAAUACCUGUAAGUGAAAGAGUAUAAUCUAUUUUACUGAAACAUAUAAUAACCAUUGUUAAAGGCUUUGUAAGAUUUCCUCUUAUAGGAAAUUAAUAUAGCUUGAAUAAUUUUUGAACUGCCUAAUGAAUGCCGGAAUUUGGUUCUUGAUUUCUUAGUAUAUUAGAUGAAACUAAUUGAUUGACUAAUCUUAUAAACCUUGUAUUUCGGACAUAAGUAUACAAAUUGUGUAUCACGAUGACACGUAACUGCCAUAGAAUAAUUGUAUAAAUGUUGAGAAAAAAAAUAUUGCCUUUGAAUUAUUUUUGACGACUAUGUGCUUGUAGACGAGCUAAAAAUACUUAGUACGAGUUUUGCUUUACGUUUUACGAAAUCGAGAGUGCAUUACGCGCUCUGAUUGGUUGGUACUGUAGCUAGCGAAUCAGAGCUAACGCGUUCUCGUUUCAAUUUCGUGAAACCUAAAACAAACUCGUACUAAGGGUAUACUGACUGUCUGUAAUCAAUUUAAAACCCAUAAAAAGGCAAUGUGUGACUUUGAAUUUUUUUAUUGUAUUUAUUUUCAUUUAAUUGAAGGCGGGCCUUCGAAGUAUUAAACGCAUUCUCAUUACAUCAUGUUCAUCUUUACGUCGUUUUUAUCUGUAAAUAAAUGUUUAUUUAAAAAAACGAUAGUGUAAUGAAAGGAAAUUAUUACACUGCUUUUUGAUAUGAAUAAAAUGUGAAGUAAUAUUUUGGACGGAGCUAAUGUGAAUCUUUGUUAGAAUUUAAAUCAUUUAUGCGGUAACAAUAUAUUGCUCCCUGGCUAUGUGACAUGUCUGUGUAGUGUAUACUAACAAAAAAUAAGGGAAUAUAGAAAUCCCUCUUUAAAAUAUUAAUAAUGUCUCUUAUAUGUUAUUUUCCUAAACCGUACCUGUAUCUUAUGAAAAAUGUAUUAUUUUACUUAUAAUUUUAAUGCUAGCUCGUAAGGCUUUUCAAAGAUAUUACCAACAUACAAAUAUCACUUUGAUUGACAAUAAUGUUUCGAUGUCACUAAUAUGUAUGUAUUUAUGUUGAUAUUUUGCUGUUUUUCUAUGUAAAGUGUUGGCGCAUGUGAUCUAAACUUAUGAUUGGUAUAGAAGUAAUUCUUAUGUUUCUUUGACAUCGCAUUUUGUGAAUAAAGUAUUUAGAUAUGUAAAUAAUAUUAUGAAUAUUUGUUUGUUAGAACUUGUCUGAUUUGUAGACUAAUUGGAAGGAUCAAAACUCUAACAAAUUCUCUGUUUUAUAAAGGAUUAGAAUAGUUAAAUGACGUAUAUUGUGCAGACUAUUUGUUGGGCGAUUCGUGGCUCAUGCCUGGUAUAUAAAGGUUAUUUUCAAGGCUUAUGUGAACAUGUGUUAAUAGUCUGAAUGUUAAAGUUGAACCUCCAUGCCAUAUAAUCCCGUUCCAACAUUAUUAUAUAAUAUAGAGUUGCCUCAUCCACGUCUUAUUGUACAGAAUUACUUUGAUCUCUAUUUUAAUUAUUAUUAUUAUAUAACUAAUCGUAUAAUAUUCAAUUAAUAUAUAUUUAAUUGCUUAUUAUUGAAGAAGACUUGUUUAUAUAUUUGACACGGCUUUGUUACAACACCCUAUGAAUUUUAUCUAUAACUACAAUUACUUAGUCAAACUAUUUUGUGAUAAUUUAAUCGAGUCGACAAUAAACGUGUAAAAGUAAGAAAAUAUUAAAAAAGAACGUUUGUUGUCGGCUUCUAUCGCCAUAAUUAAUCUGUACGUAUAAACAGCUGCUUAGCAUUGUUGUAGAAGAUUAUGUUCUAUUAGAGAUGUAGUAAUAACUAACAGCUUUAUAAAUAUCGCCAAUAUCAUUAGAUAGUGAUGCAAAGUUUAGAGUGAAUUGUAAUCGCUGACAAAUGUUGUUUUAGUCUGUCAUUUAUGGAAAUAAACAUUUUACAAAGA